ACGUCCCGUCCCUUUUUGGCGUCUGCCCUCAGCCAAAAUGGCGCCAUCUCGGAAGUUGCCGAAGCGCUAGAAGUUGUCGAAGCAGGUCCGGAAGCUGCCGAGCGAGUCCGGAAGUUACCGAAAGAGAGCAGCGGGGAAGGAGGAUGGCGGAUGUCAUCGCAAGACUCCGGGAGGACGGGAUCGAGAAGCGUGUGAUACAGGAGGGCCGAGGAGAGCUCCCUGACUUUCAGGAUGGCACCAAGGCCACAUUCCACUACCGGACCUUGCACAGCGACAAGGAGGGCACCGUGCUGGACGACAGCCGGGCCCGUGGCAAGCCCAUGGAGCUCAUCAUUGGCAAGAAGUUCAAGCUGCCCGUGUGGGAGACCAUCGUGUGCACCAUGCGUGAGGGCGAGAUUGCCCAGUUCCGCUGUGACAUCAAGCAUGUGGUCCUGUACCCGCUGGUCGCCAAGAGUCUUCGCAACAUCGCUGCUGGCAAGGACCCCCUGGAGGGUCAGCGGCACUGCUGCGGCAUCGCGCAGAUGCACGAGCACAAUUCUCUGGGCCACGCCGACCUGGACGCCCUGCAGCAGAACCCCCAGCCCCUCAUCUUUGACUUUGAGAUGCUUAAGGUGGAGCACCCUGGCACGUACCAGCAGGACCCGUGGGCAAUGACAGAUGAGGAGAAGGCCCAGGCCGUGCCGGUCAUCCACCAGGAGGGCAACCGGCUGUACCGCGAGGGCCAUGUGAAGGAGGCCGCCGCCAAGUACUAUGAUGCCAUCGCCUGCCUCAAGAACCUGCAGAUGAAGGAGCAGCCCGGGUCCCCGGACUGGAUCCAGCUGGACCAGCAGAUCACACCGCUGCUGCUCAACUACUGUCAGUGCAAGCUGGUGGCCCAGGAGUAUUACGAGGUGCUGGACCAUUGCUCCUCCAUCCUCAACAAAUAUGAGGACAACGUCAAGGCCUACUUCAAGCGGGGCAAAGCUCACGCGGCCGUGUGGAAUGCCCAGGAGGCCCAGGCUGACUUCGCCAAGGUGCUGGAGCUGGACCCCGCCCUGGCACCGGUCGUGAGCCGAGAGCUGCGGGCCCUGGAGGCGCGGAUCCGGCAGAAGGACGAGGAGGACAAGGCCCGCUUCCGGGGUAUCUUCUCCCACUGACAGGCCCUGCCCGGCCCAGCACUGCCGCUGCCAGCCCACCUGUCCCACUACUCCCGCCUCUGUGUAUAAAGGCCUUAUUUAUCUCUC